AUGUCAGCUACAACAGCUAAACUUUCCGUUACCGUCGCUGCUGGUUCUCGCGGUUUUUCGGAAUAUGAUCGUCAUUACUCAACGGUACAUGGGAGACGAAUUGGAAUUCAGGAUUUAAUAAAUGAACCCGUUCGAUCUUCGUCUUCGGUUAGCACUUCACCGGUUGAACCUCAUCUUCAGUAUCACUUGAAUCGACAUCCUAGCUCUGAAUUAGGAUCAAAUCAAUUUAGGCAUUAUUCUUUAUCUCCACCUCAACCUCAUUUACCUUUACCUCAGCAAAAUAUAAUCUCCACGCCUUCUAUGGAACUUGAAUCUUAUAAGUUACUUACCCCUCUCACCUCACCAACUCAAAAUCCCGUUACCCCUUCAAAUUAUAGCCCAACUUCCAAUUCAACAUCAUCAUCUGUAAAAUCGGAUGAUCAAAAUUCAUAUAUGACAACCAUUCAAACUUCGGGAAUGAUUAUGCCACUCUCCUUGCAAGAACGUCGUGAGAGGAAUAAGAUUGCGUCUGCAAAGUACAGAGCAAAGAAACAUAAACAAAAUCAAGAAAUGAGUUCAACCAUCGCCGAAUUGAGCGCCGAAAACAACGUUCUAUUAAGACAACUCGAAGAGGCCAAAUCAGAAAAUUUGGAAUUGAAAGAAUUAGUCGACAGACUCAAGAGCAAGCUCGUGGAAGGAAAGAUUUUGAAACGAUUGGGACGAGGAGGUGCAAAGUCAUUGCUCUCCCCAACAUCACCGGUGGAAGAUUUGGACAUAACCUCAAACGUUACCACGAACGUGAGGAAGAGUUCAACAAAACGUGGUGGAUUUAGCAGUCACGCAAAAGGAACUGGGCCUUCAACAAAAGGUUCUCGCAAGUAG